AUGUUCCAGAUCCUGACGAAAGUGCAUCAGAGUAGAGGGAAUAUCAGUGGUCAGAUGCCGCCAAAUGAGGUGGACCUGAGAAGAGUCUGUGGGAUUUGGCAUUGUGAUGCUGACAAGUUUCAUAACUGCCCUUCCUUUUUGGCUGCUGCUUUAGCCAGAGCCACAUCAGAUGAAGUCCUUCAGAGUGAUCUUUCUGCACAUUACAUCCCAAAGGAAACAGAUGGCACAGAAGGGACUGUGGAGAUCGAGACAGUGAAAUUGGCCCGUUCUGUCUUCAGCAAACUACACGAGAUUUGCUGCAGCUGGGUGAAAGACUUCCCUCUCCACAGGAGACCCCAGCUUUACUAUGAGACAUCAAUCCACGCCAUCAAAAACAUGCGCAGGAAAAUGGAAGACAAACACGUCUGCAUUCCUGACUUUAAUAUGCUCUUCAACCUAGAGGACCAGGAAGAACAAGCUUACUUUGCAGUGUUUGAUGGCCACGGAGGAGUGGAUGCUGCCAUUUACGCCUCCAUUCACCUGCACGUUAACUUGGUACGCCAGGAGAUGUUCCCCCAUGAUCCUGCUGAGGCCUUGUGCAGGGCCUUCCGGGUCACUGAUGAGCGGUUUGUGCAGAAAGCAGCCAGGGAGAGCUUAAGAUGUGGAACCACAGGAGUGGUGACUUUUAUCAGAGGCAAUAUGCUACAUGUAGCCUGGGUGGGUGAUUCCCAGGUUAUGCUUGUGAGAAAGGGCCAAGCUGUUGAACUAAUGAAGCCACACAAACCAGACAGAGAGGAUGAAAAGCAGCGAAUUGAGGCCCUUGGAGGUUGUGUAGUCUGGUUUGGUGCCUGGAGAGUGAAUGGAAGUCUAUCGGUCUCCAGAGCUAUUGGAGAUGCUGAACAUAAGCCAUAUAUCUGUGGGGAUGCAGAUUCUGCCUCUACUGUGCUGGAUGGAACGGAAGACUACCUCAUUCUGGCCUGCGAUGGUUUCUAUGACACCGUGAACCCCGACGAGGCUGUGAAAGUCGUCUCCGACCACUUGAAGGAGAAUAACGGGGACAGCAGCAUGGUCGCCCACAAAUUAGUAGCAUCAGCUCGUGAUGCUGGGUCGAGUGAUAACAUCACAGUUAUUGUGGUUUUCCUGAGGGACAUGAACAAAGCUGUAAAUGUUAGUGAGGAAUCAGACUGGACAGAGAACUCUUUCCAAGGAGGGCAAGAAGAUGGUGGGGAUGAUAAGGAGAAUCAUGGAGAGUGCAAACGCCCGUGGCCUCAGCACCAGUGCUCAGCACCAGCCGAUCUAGGCUAUGAUGGGCGUGUGGAUUCAUUCACUGAUAGAACUAGCCUGAGCCCAGGGUCCCAAGUCAACGUGCUGGAAGACCCAGGCUACUUAGAUCUCACACAAAUAGAAGCAAGCAAACCUCACAGUGCUCAGUUUUUGCCAGCAGUUGAGAUGUUUGGUCCUGGUGCACCAAAGAGAGCAAAUCUUACUAAUGAGCUAAUAAUGGAGAAAAAAUCAGUUCAAUCAUCACUGUCAGAAUGGAGUGGUCCUGGAGAGUUUCCCUCUUCCUUUAAUUUGGGUUCAACAGGGCAGCAGAUGUACAGAAGGGAGAGUAUUUCUCCUGCCUGUUCUAGGUUGGGAAAUGAACAGUUCGAAUUCCUGGGAAAGACAGUUUCUAGAUUCUCUCAUCUACGCUAUCACUACUCAAAGAGGCGGCAUGGAUUCAGGUUUAAUCCAAAGUUUCAUUCACUCCUCUCUGCUCAUGAGCCUUGCCACAAAGUAGGCACGAGCCUGUCCUCACUUAUUCCAAGUGGGAAAAGAAAUAGGGUGUUAAGAAGUUCUCUGCCAUGGAGGCAAAAUAGUUGGAAAGGGUACAAUGAAAACAUGAGGAAGCUCAGAAAGAGUAAUGAUAUCCCAUAUCCAGAUCUCCCCUGGAGCUGUAAAAUAUAAUACUUUCUCUUUAGAGUAGGCUAGCUAGCUCUCCCCCAGUAAAACCACCACUAUCAGAGUAGAAACCAGGUAGACAUUUCUGAAAUAUGUGUUGAUUAUGAAACCAUGGAUGGCUCAAUUCUUAAAUGUAAAUAGAUCCCUAGGAAACUCAAAAUAGUGUUUUCAAUCUAAGAAAAAAAGUAUUGGCGGUUUCAUUAGCAAAAUUAUACACUGAUCCUUGUGAUGUAUCUCCACACCUACACACAACCCCACCCCACUGCCUCUUCACACCACUAGUGGAAGCUUGCGAGCUCCUAUUUUUGUCAGGAUAUAGUGUUGAAAUUUCAAUGCAGUUGAAAUCUGGUCUGAUGUGCCCAAUAUAUCUUUGGAAAACUUAAUGCAGAAUUAGAUUUAGUUGAGGAAUGUUCCUCAAAAGACUGGGGACUACGAGGGAAACCUCUCCCUCCCCACUUUUUUGGUAAGUAAAAGACUAAAAGCCAUAUGGGUUUUAACUGGUAACAAUGGAAGUAGAAACCUAGUGUAAAAAUGUCAUAUUCUAACUUGUGAGGCGGCAUAUAAAAAAAAGAUUUACUGAUUUCUUCCCCCCUGUAACAUAAAGGACAAAGUUUUUUGAAUAAGUAUUUCAUAGGGCUGUAGCUAUUUGGGAGUUUCAAUCUGUUAUGGUGCUUUUGGCAGAAUUUUUAUUAUUUGUCAUUUUAGAAGACCGCUGUCAAAUGGUUUCUACUUAUGAUGCUAACAUGUUUUUCACUGUACCUUCAUCUCAGGAAUAACUGGUUUAAUGGAGAUGAUACCAGGUACAAAUAUACUAGAAUCAAGUUGCCAUUUAAAAAGCAUUUGUUUUUUCUGCCUUUUUUUUUUUUUAAAAAGAUCAUGGACAGCAAAGGCGUAUACCACUGUAAAGGAAGUGGUUUUAGAGAAUGAAAAAUACUAGUUUUAACUUCUCUAAAACUGUUUCCUCCAAAGGAAUGAAAUGGUGUGAAAGUGGCUGAAAGUACUGCCUAAAGUGAGCCCAGAGGCCAAGUGCAAGGGAGACUACAGAUUACUGAGACGGCGGUCUGCUUAGUUAGAAAUGGAGAACACCCAAGAGUCCUGUUACAUGCAACUUCAUACUGCAGGCAGCACGUGUGUUUCUCAUUUCAAAACUUAUUUGUAUUUGAUAUUUUAAAUACAAAUUUGUAUCUGCUUUUUGCCAUUUAUGCAGUUUCAAGUCAGAAGCGUAUCUUCAACUAAAGAGAGCAAAUAGACUAAUAAUCAGAUUCAUUCAGUGAAGUAGCCUCUGAUUCUGAGAAUCAUGAAUGUCUCCACACAACAUGUUACCCUCCAGUUAACCGUGGACCAGCCAUGCCAAUGGACAGGAGGUGCCUGUUCUAGUGCUCAUCACUCAUUAUUAGGAGGUACUAGAUGCUCUUGCUGAGACAAGUUUACUGCCUAAUCAUGUUUUUACGUAAUAAUGCAAUUACUCUGUUUCCCAGAUCCACAAUGGACUAAAACCCCUGGAUUUUAAAAACAGAGGACUGUAGCAUACUUUGGGUAAAAACAGCUUCACUUUAGCAAUGAUCACAUCGUUAAUUUAGAUUUUAUUUAAAAAAUUUGAAUGUAAUUAGAGAUUUUCAGUAUUUUUUCUCUCUUGGUGUUGAAGUCAUUUUUUUCUCCAGGCUUGUGACACAUGGCUGAAAAGGAGUAAACAUGGCCCCAGCUAUCGGACCAGAAUCUUCUCACCAGCCUGAUGCUUUACCCCCCACACGGACCUCACUCACAUCUCUCAUUUUCUGAGGCCUAGAUCUUGUUAACCCAUCAGGUAGAGUGUCAAUUUCAAAUCCAAUUAUCUAAGGAGACAAGAAAACAUAGGCAGCAGAAUAUUGGUAUGUUAUAGUCCAAAGCAUUUAGCUAAGUUAAACAUUUUUUAAAAGAUUUUCUAUAGUUGUCUAUAGCUAAUGUUUUUGAUCAGAAUAAAGAUGGUGAAAGGAAAGAAGGUACAAGUGCUAGGUUUUUUUCAGUGGGGAAAAAUGGUUGGAUGAAACUGGGAUGAACACAGACCACAUAUUCAAGGGUCUGGAUCUUGUAGGUUUGACUACAUAAGCAAUGUUAACGCCAUUCUCAUACCAGUCACCCUCUAGAAAAUAAAGCAAAGUAGUUCUAGUAUGAUCAAGUUAUAAAACAGUAUUGUAAAAAAUAGCAAAUUUUCAUUUGUCCACAACAUGCAUAUUUAUAGUAGUUAGGUACCAUUUGUAAGGGAAAUCCUUUAAAAUUCUGUAAUACAUAUUAAAGUAGUGGUUAUUGGUCUGAUAUAUGCUGCUUUUGGUUCUAUAAACCAGGUAAAAGCAGUGCUUUGUGAAGUGCAAUGUUAUAUCUUAACGCCACUGGUGAUAGAAAGUAGUUCCCUUCAGUUCAAAUCCUGUGCCCUUAUCUGCUGCUUGCUGAUGUAAGCAAUAAGUACCCUCUAACUAAAGGUUUCUACACAUUUCUGUAACUUGUGCUUUAUGAUGGUGUAUCUGGUGAUUGUAAAAAUAUUAGAUAGAUAUAAAAGUAUCUAUAUAAUAUAUAUUAACUGUUAAUGCUGAGGUAUAGUCUGUGAACUAUGUGUUCUGUACUUUACUCACUGUGUAAUUUAGUGGUGGUGAAAGUUCUACACUCAGUCUUUAAGAGUGGCAGUAUCCCUUUUUGAAUUUAACAUGAUCUGCAUCAAUUUGUUUGCCUGCUAAAGUUUUGUUAGAAUAGGAAAUAGUAAAACAAAUAUAAACAAGAAAGUAUAGGAUUGGUUAGGGAAAAAGACUUCAAGGCACCAAC